GCUCGCACUCUCGAGCCAGUCUCUCGCGUGCGCGGCUGGACGUUCGCUCGUGUGCGAGCGUCGGAGCCCACAUUGAUGUGAACCUGCGGUUUCUCCAACAUUUUCCUACCCUUACCCAUCGUUAGAAUAACCAGCCAUAGUCCGUCACUCGAGCUAUCAAACGUCUACUCGCUCGAGGAGUGCUUCGUUUCCUCUUAAACACGAACGUAAUAAAAGCUCACCGUUCUCCAUUUGCGCGUCCUUGUCGUUAUAUAUUCGUAAGGAGGACAGACGGUUUGGGAGCCGAUUGAUUAACGAUCGAAGAAAGGCGCAAAGAGAUACAGAGAAAAAGAGAGAGAGAGAGAGAGAGAGAGGGAGAGAGAGAGGAAGAGAAUGUUGUCGUCGCGGUUUUACACGCGCGCUUACGCUCUCGCCUCUCUCGAAUAGGUGAACGAUAGGAGAACUUUGGAAGUGGAGGAGGAGCAGGACGAGGAGGAGGAGGAGGAGGAGGAGGAGGAGGAGGAGGAGGAAGAGGAAUAUGUGGAGGGGGUAGUUUGCGAGGGGUGAGAGUGUACAUACAAGAGUGCGAGAGGGAGAGAGGGAGAAAGAGAGAGAGAGGGGGAGGAACAAGAACGACAACGACGAAAGCGACUACGACGACGACGACGACGACGACGACUACGACGACGACGACGACGACGACGACGAAAGCGGCGGCGACGACAACGACGACGACGACGACGACGAAGACGAAAGCGACGACGACGACGACGACGACGACGAGGACGACGACGAAAGCGACGACGACGUCGACGUCGAAGAGGAGGAGGAAGAGGAGGAAGAGGAGAAGGUGGAGGAGGAGGCAGUGGCGGAGGCAACGUGACACGGUGGUGGUGCUGCCGCUGGUAACGCUACUACCAGUAGAGGGGGACUCUCGAAGGGUGUUGGAGAAGAGGAGGAGGGCCCUCGAAAGUGUCUCGUCUCUCUCCUAUCGUCCCAUCGUCCAGGGUAUCGCUUACGAAUGUCGCGCGAUCGAGCGUUCCGCCGGCGAUCUACGAGGAGCAGGACGAACGCUUAUCGUCGACGCGUUUGCUCGCGAAAAGGGAUUCGUUGAUCCUACAAGAAUUUUUCGCGUCGGACUUAUAGAAAAUAAAGGAGGAAUACGGGAAAGGAAGGUUAUACGCGCGUGACAUGCUCGAAGGAGAAGUCGUGGUGUCCGGUGCUCUGGUAGUAAUACUACCUUGGACCUGAGAUAAGUGAUAGAGAAUACCGGACGAAUCGUUCGUCCUUUCGCUCCUUCUUUCUCUCUUUUUCUUUCUCUCUCUCUCUCUCUCUCUCUCUCUCUCUCUCUCUCUUUCUUUCUCUAUUCGACGACAGACUAACGGAGAUACAACGCCGUCGAUCAAGAAUUACCGCGAAAAGUGUCCACGAGGAUGUCCGGCGAGACGGAGAUCGAAGUGUCGGUCGUGUCCGAGGAAGAUCUCGAGCUCGAGGGCUCGCGAAGUAGUUCGACGCCGGCGGACUUGUUAAUUCAAGAGAAGAAUGGAAAAGGAAGCUGCGGACUCGCACUUGGCAAUCAUCAUCGUCCUUUCAGCUUCGACGUUGGCAAGCCCGCCCUUCGGCCGGCUUGUAAUCCUCAAUACACGUCGUUCAGUAUUCAAAGUAUUCUCGGUAGGUCCGUCUCGCCGCGGAGCGACUCGACCUCGAACGUCUCCUCCACGGAAAGACGUUCGACCGACGUCGAGGUUGCUUCCUCGCCCGUCUCACCGCCCAGUUCGAGGACGAACAAUCAAAGAAUCCCUCCGUCUUGUGCGAGCCCACCGAGAAUAAGCUCGCCGACAUCCCUCAGGCCAGCCGUCGGUCAUCAACGUGCAUCCGCUAGCAGUCAAGUCAUCGAAAACACGAGAAACGAUGCCGCCAGCAUCGGUGUUGGCUGUACAAGCCCUCCGAGUCCCAACGUCGCGGCAACUUUCUCGCCAACCACCAACGACGCCGCGACGAAUCCCCUCUUGGGUCAUCAAGCGGCUGAUCUUGCCCACGCCGUCGUCGAACACGGACAUAUGCUUCAAAGAUUGGGGCUGAUGUCGACGCUGAUAAGCGCCCGAUAUCCCGUCGGUGUCUUCUUCCCGCCAACGUUGCAACAUCUUCAUCAGCAUCAGCAACAACAGCAACAUCAGCAACAGCAGCAACAACAACAGCAACAUCACUCGCGUUUAGCGACGGUCUCCUCGGCGCUGAGCAAUGCCGUCCAAGUCGGUGGACAAGCGGCUGACAUCAGUGACGUCACAGCAGAAGCCAGCAUCAGAGGAGUCCUUCCUGGUGGACCGACAGCUUGGCCAUUUCCAUGGAGGCCCGCUCACGGAUUGCAAACGCUCGAACAUCCGUCGCCAGGCGACGUCGUUGGCGCUCUCAGCCGCGUCAGCCCUGCUUCCGCCUCCUUCCCGCAAAAGGACGAGCUGGAGGACGAGAACGGCGAGGACCGGCUGCACCGGACGAGGAGUUCAUCGAGCGGCGACGAGGCUCACGACGAGCUAGCCGACGGGGACGAUUGCCAAGAUGGCGACGGCGACGGCGACUCGACGAACGCAGGAUUGCACGGUGGCGUGGGCGGUGGGUCGGCCGGUGGUGGAGGGGUCGGUGGAGGUGGAGGAGGAGGAGGAGGAGGAGGAGGUGGAGGAGGCGGCGGCGGCGGUGGAGGCGGCGGCGGCGGCGGCGGGGGUACCGGUGGUCAGAGCAACGGAGUACAAGUUGGCCUAGACUCGCGGGAUUCCGGUAGCAUAAAGCGCAAGAAGAAGACGCGCACGGUGUUCUCGCGAUCGCAGGUCUUCCAAUUGGAAUCGACGUUCGACAUGAAACGCUAUCUGUCGUCGUCGGAACGAGCAGGCCUCGCUGCGUCCUUGAGAUUGACGGAGACUCAGGUGAAGAUCUGGUUCCAGAAUCGUCGCAACAAGUGGAAAAGACAAUUGGCCGCCGAAUUGGAGGCCGCAAAUAUGGCGCACGCCGCUCAGAGACUCGUCAGGGUGCCGAUACUGUACCACGAAGCUUCCGCGGGUAGCGCUAGUUCGGCUGGAGUAUCCGUCUCGGUAACGGCACCGCCUCAACCACCAACGGCACCGUCCUCGGCCGUCUCCUCGGUGCUCUCGCAUUCCGUCGGCGUUGGCGUCGGCGUCGGGGUUGGCACUUCCUGUGCCCCGGUAGUCGGCCAAACUGCCCAACCGAUCUUCUACUCUCAUCACCAUCAACACCAUCAUCAUCAUCCGGCUCACGUGCAGCCUCACGCCCUUCUACCCCACCAAGUGCAUCCCCAACCACCCCCGCCACCGCCACCACCACCCAACGGGCAACCGACCCAAUCCUCCUCGCAAUAACACCGUCCGCUCUUCUGCCCGAUUACGAUCGUCUUCGACCGGCAGCAACCUGCAGGAAUCAGCUUGAGAAACGACCACGACGAUCGCCCGAGGAAGGAGGAUCAAGAGGAAGAGGUGGAAGUAAGGGACGUGGACGAAGAGGAAGAGGACGUUCUCUCGGUGUCCAUCGACGAUGCUCGACCUUCCGACGACCUCGACGUCGGAUGAGCGUGAUCAUUAUGCCAUAAAAGAAUGUACUGUCUCCCCUCUCUCUUUCUCUCUCACUCACUUGUUCUCUCUUUGUUCUCUCUCUCUCUCUCUCUCUCUCUCUCUCUCUCACUCCUCUCCAUCUAUCUCUCUAGCUCUCUAGCUCUAUUUCUCUCUCUCUAUCUCUUUAUCUCUCUUUCUCUCUCUCUCUCUCUCUUGAUUUCUUUCUUUGCUUCGCGGGCUCGGGACUUUUCGUGCAAACGUCGAUUCGAAGCUUCCUUCUUUUUCGACGUCCUCCAUGAGAGAAAGACAAAUCGGGAAAGAGGGAAGACGCAACUGCAACAUCGCAACGCUCUUUACAAAGUCUCUCCCUCGCGAGAGAGUAAAAUGGAGAUAGAGAAAAUGAGAGAAAGAGAGAAAGAGAGAAGGGAAGAGAGGGGGAGAGAGAGAGAAAGGCCGAUAUACAUACAAAGUUCGCGUAUGUACGCGACUCUGUGUAUUAUCGGAAAAUUACGUCUCGGACGUAAUCUCGGGCUGUUCUCUCUCUCUGUUUGGGGCUACGACCUUAGCUACGUCCUAAGACACGGCCAGGGUUCCUACGAAUAUAUUCUACCUGUUGUGAUAAGUAUCCAAACGAUUGAUUUUAUUAAACGAAACGGUAGAGUUACGAAAACAACGAGCAGCAUCUCCUUCUUAAUCUUCUUUUGCUAUCUUUUUUGUUUUCCUUUCUUUUCCGUUCUUUUUAGCUACGAUCGUUUGAUCUUACCGCCAUUAUCUUCGGCGGAAAAUUAUAUAUGUCGUAACACGACGUAAUAAGCGAUUUCUGCACGAGUCAUCGAAAAAAAAAAAAAGAGAAAAAGAAAAAGAAAAAAUCCCAAGUUUACUUUCCUAUCUCCGAGCAUGAAGAUAUCAACGCAAUCCCGUUCUCAAGGGUACCAAGAGAUAUCUACAGAUCGUUACAGGAUUCUUUAGACAUUGAUUUUACGCACGGAAAAAAAAGAAAAAAGAAAAGAAAAGAAAAGAAAAAAGAAAGGAAGGAAAAAAAAAGAAAGAAAGCGGCACAACCCUAAGAACGUCGAGGCAACGUGCUUCGCUUUGUUCGGAAAGAAACGUUGAACAAACUUCAAACCCAAUCCUCCCUGGUUUGUCUGCAUAGAAAACGAUAUCACGAUUGGCAGGAUGAAAUUGCGUAAUAUUUCCUCUAUAUCGUCCUCACGAAAAAUAAUUUUCUCGAGGCGAAGGGUAUCCUUAUCGACUAGCUCCUUUCUUCCAUUCGCGAUCGUCGCGACUGGGGUAAGAGAAAACGAUUACAAUAAACGAGAGGUAGCUUGAUCUUAUUGUUUGACGCGAUGCGGUUUCGCGCUUUGCAUGUACCCGCCUUUCUUCGGUGCUCGUGUGUGAGAGAGAGAGAGAGAGAGAGAAAAAGAGAAAGAGAAAGCAUAGGAAAGAUAUAAAGUAAAAGAGAAAGAAAAAAAGAAAGAUAGAAAGAAUGUUUUGCCAUCAUCGACGUCGUCAUCGUCAUUUCGACGACUACCUUUACCGAAGCUCUUAGUUGCAACCACGAGGGAGAACGUACGACAAUGGCCGCUCGCUCUCUUUUCUUCCAUCGACGCGUUCUCUCGCGGCAUAUAUCUUCCCUCACUCUUUCUCUUUCUCUCUGUCUUUCUGUCUCUCUCUCUCUAUAUAUAUAUAUAUAUAUAUAUAUAUGCAUAUAUAUAUAUAUGCAUAUAUAUCUGUCUUUACCUCUCUCUCUUUCUCCACACAGUGUUUCUACACGAGACAUAUCUAUCCCGAGUAAGUACGCGCAUCUAAGUAUGUAGGUGCAUUUCAAUCAUCCUUCUCAUACCCUGCCAUCGCACCUUCGACUCUUUUCCUCUCUGAUCUCUCUCUCUCUCUCUCUCUCUCUCUCUCUCUCUCUCUCUCUCGCAUAUUCUGUACAAGCCUUUCAUCCGUAAGUCUGACUUUUUCUUCUCACUCACUCACUCAUUUCUCAUGCUCUGUUUUAGUUUCGUUCUUUCUACAGCGUCACCCGAACCCGUCCGCACGCGAUAAUCUUUUGUAUAGCACAGAGAGAGAGAGAGAGAGAAAGAGUUACCGGUAUCGAAGGGUACACCACCGAUUCUCUCCGUUCUUUAUGUAUAUAUAUAUAUAUAUAUUCACACACACACAUAUAUAUAUGUAUAUAUCUUUAUCUACCUAUCCCCAAAGCCGUUUCAUUUACUCGACAAAUCGAUCGACCGACUGACGGCAGCCAGUCCGGCCAGUUCGAUCUAACUAUCCAUUUGUUUUUACGCCUCGUCCUCGUACACCUACCGUCGGACCACAAAAUUGUUGGCGAAACCACGGGACGAUAUGUCAAAGCCCAUUCGGCCAUUCGCUUCAAAGUCUAGAGCUGCGUUUUGAUUCGGACUCGGCCGCUCGUGAUCGCCGCGAUUCGAUUCGUCGAAUAAGGGUGGAACGGUGAAAAGAAGGGGGACUGAUUCGCCGACGGAUAAAAGGGAAAAACGAGAGAGCGAGAGAGAUAAAGAGAGAAUUGUCCGGAGAUCGAUCGAUUAGAUUACGUUUUUCCUUCGCGUUUAAUAUCCCAUAGAUUAGGUAUCCUUCGACGGUAAUAUAAUCCUCGUAAUAGCGAACAUUCGGGAUAAGAUUCUCGAGGUCCGUUGCUUGCUUUUUCCUGGCUUCUCCAUCGACCGAGCAAGGAAUCGAAAUUUAAUGGCACGCGCGUAUCCCUUUCGCGCCAAAAA